AUGGCGUUCCGACGGCGGCAUCACCCUCCUUGGCUCCUGCCACGGGCUGGUCUGCCUCGGCUACACGGGCACCAACCGGGUCUACCUGCUCAACCCGGCGACCCGAAAGCACCACUCCACCCUGCAGGCUCCCCUGCCCCAAGGGUUCAUGGCCCGAUUCCACGAACCCGGCGGCCAGGCGACGGCGUGGUGCAGCCAUUCGCGUACGGAUUCGGGUACGAUCCGGGGAUUAAGGAUUACAAGCUCGCCAGGGUGUACAUCACGGGGGACGAGUCCCACGCGAGGUGUAAAUCGGUGGUGUUCUGCUUCGGCAUUUCGUCGAACACCUUGCGGGCAGAAGAGAUACCCUUUUGCGGGAUGAUUGAGCAGAGGUCAGGGGUUUCGGUAGGCGAUUCCUUACAUUGGCCGUUCCGCAGGUACGGUGAGAAUUCGAUCAUUGUCGCGUACCAUCUCGGGGCGAAUCAGUGGCGGGGAAUUCCCCUGCCUCGCUCGGGUUUUGGUCACGAGGUCGCCUUGAACUUCGUGGGAUUGAGGAAUCGCUUGUGCGUGUGCAAUCGCGCAGCGGAUCGUGAUGAUGAGCUGGGGAAGAAGGUUGUUCAUGUCUGGAUGAUGAGGAGAGAUCAGUACGGUGUGGAGGCGGCGUGGAGCAAGCUGUUCUCGAUUCGGGAAUUGGGGUAUCUGGAUUUGUCGUCGUUGCCGGUGGCUCUGGAUCUGUCCGUCAAUGGCGAUGAAGUUCUGCUGUAUUUGGAUGGGGGAAUGCUCGUUUGGUAUGAUACAAAGAAGGAUAGGCCUGGUCAGGUGGUGUAUUUGGAUGGCGGAAUCAGCGACGGCGGCGUCUUUCACCGACCGGCCGCCGCUGCAUUUGCCGGAGAAUCUUCGAGAAUCGCCGAGAAUUCGUCGGGGAAGGGAGUUGGGGAUAGACGAUGGGUCUGA